AUGUUCACCAAAUCCACCAAAGCGUCUUGCAAGACUACAUCGAGCGCAGCCUCAACCCACUCGACCGUCUCCACAGCGACAACCCUCAAUGCAUCAGACGCAUCAACCAAGAGCCACAAGUGGUACUCGCUCGGCUCGAAGUCCCAGAGCUCUGUACCCAACAAUAAUGCCAUAGAGGUUGAGAAGAAGAAGAUACACAACGAGGCCCUUGCCAGCUACCUCAGCCUGCGCUAA